UAUGGUGACCGAGCAAAAUUUCUUGGAUGGCGUUUUUCCGUGGGAUUCUAACCAAAACGUUUCGUUCAAGGAUAACUUCAAAUUAGUUGAUUGUUGGAUGCUGUACAAACGAAACACAGAACAGAUUCUUCAAUGCAAACUAGAAAUGUCACAAUUCAUCACAACAAUCAGUGAAGAUAUUUUGUCGAUGCAACAUGAAAUAAGAAACUACAACUCGACGGAUGAAUUCUCUUUCUCUGUAAGCAACUGCCCAAUGAAUAUUUCUGUAUUUCAACAAUCUGAAAUAGUCAUCAAAAUGCAAGAAGUGAAACGUCUCGAAAUGUUAUUGUCAGACUCGCUCGCCUUAAAACAAUACUUUUAUGAAGAAAAUUUAGAUGAUGAUGAUUUGGUUUUCGAAGAUGAUUGUACGGAUGAUUAUAUUGCUGAUGGUGAUGGUAUUGACAAAGAUGAUUUAUGUGAUGAAAUUGAAUGUUCUUCCGACGAUGAAUUUUAAAUACUUGAGAUGAUUCGUG